UUUUCCUUCUCGUUGCACGUCGUUGUUGUCACUUGCAAAAUAUUCAAUACUCUCAAGGAAUACAAUGCAAUAUUUGGAUCAUGUUUUUCCCACUAGAUAUCUAAAUACUCACAACAUUUUUUAUUGUACCAUUUGGUUUUGCGGUUUGCUUCGAUAGUGAUUUGGUGCGCGAGUGACUGGCUGCAGUGGAGCCGUUCAUUCAACACAAGCGCGACACUUGGCGAUGAAGCUGAAACCACCAGCUACAGAAGCGUAAUCUCUUACAUUGCCAAAAUUACGGGCGGAAUUAAAUACAACUCUCUGUCUCCGGCCUCUCAAAGGAGAGACAGGAGGUUCAUCAUGUCUGCUAAAGAGAGACUAAAAGGGAAGGUGACCAAAGACAGCGUCACCUUGCUGCCUUGUUUCUAUUUCGUUGAGCUCCCAAUCAUGGCUUCCUCUGUGGUCAGCCUGUAUUUCCUGGAGCUGACCGACGUGUUCAAACCGGUGCGGUUGGGCUACAGCUGCAAUGACCGCAGUCUGAGUAUGCCCUACAUCAGGCCCGCUGAGGAAGUCAUCCCUUUCCUCAUGCUCUUCAGCCUGGCCUUCGCUGGACCUACAGCUACGAUAAUGAUAGGAGAAGGUAUCCUGUAUUGCUGUCUGUCUAGGAGAAAGACUGGGGUCAAAACAGAGGCCAAUAUCAAUGCAGCCGGCUGCAAUUUCAACUCGUACAUACGGCGUGCUGUUCGGUUUGUUGGGGUCCAUGUAUUUGGACUGUGCCUGACGGCUCUCAUCACUGAUAUCAUCCAGCUGUCGACGGGCUACCACGCCCCAUACUUCCUGACAGUGUGUAAACCCAAUUACACCACGCUCAACUUGACCUGUGACGACAGCUCCUUCAUCACAGAGGACUUCUGUUCUGGAGGAGCAGACCCAGCCGUCAUCGACGCUGGCAGGAAGUCCUUUCCCUCGCAGCAUGCCACUCUGGCCGCCUUCGCUGCUGUCUACGUCUCUAUGUACUUCAACGCUACGCUGACGGACUCCUCCAAGCUGCUGAAGCCCCUGCUGGUCUUCACCUUCAUUAUGGGUGGCAUCAUCUGUGGCCUGACCCGCAUCAUCCAGUUCAAGAACCACGCCAUCGACGUCUACUGUGGCUUCCUCAUCGGAGGCGGGAUCGCCGUCUACCUGGGUCUGUAUGCAGUGGGUAACUUUCAGCCUACUCGGGACACGUCCAGACAGCAGCCCCAGCCUCCCCCGCUCCGUGAGCCCCCCAGGAGCAACACCGUGCCCAACGUCAGCCAGAGCGCAGGGCGCCACCUGCAGCCCAACAGCCUCAACAGCAUGAACAGCCUGAACAGCAUCAGCACCACCGAUACCCUCACCGCCGCCCGUCCCGCGACCCUCCUGACCCGGGUCCCCUCCUGCCGCGAGUCCAGCUCCCUGAACAACCUGAAGAGGGCCAGUGCUGAUGUGGAGUGCAUCACCUCGUCAAGCACGCUGUGUAAACAGGACAGCUUGGUGACCUUUAACAGUAGCACGUUACCCAGGUCGCACGGCGGCUCGCUCCCCGAAGAGCACCGGGUCCCGCGCCGCCACGCGAGCAUCCACGCCUCCAUGGACUCCACGCGCUCCAAGCAGCUGCUGUCGCAGUGGAAGAGCAAGAACGAGAACCGCAAGUUCUCACUGCAGGUGAUGGACAGUGGGGUGGUGGUGGGACGCCACCAUUCAACAUCCUCCUCCUCCUCGCCCCAGAGGACCAUGGAGCUGAGGUGCAGCUCUGAGCCGUCCGCCAUGGGCCUGGAGGCGGAGCUCCGUGCUCAGGGCCACAUCCCCGCCCAGUACAUGAAGCUGGCAGCUAGCAUCGUGCCGCUGUCCAACCACCUCCCCCACAAUGGGGGCAGCAGCGGCCUGGCCGCGGGGGCCCGCGUCUCCAUCCAGUCCCGGCCAGGCUCCUCCCAGCUGGUCCACAUCCCCGAGGAGACCCAGGAGCACAACAGCAGCACCUCCACCAGGGAGGAUGAGGAUGACGAGGACAGAGAGGAUAGCUAUGUCGGCGGUGGGAUCCCUGGCGGAGGAGGCUCGGCGCGCUCCAAGUGGCUGAAAGUGGCCAAAGAGGGCGCCCUGUGCAGGACUAAUAGCCUAACUAACCAGCCGCGCAUCAUGCAGGUCAUCACCGUGUCCAAGCAGCAGGGUCUACUCCAGCACGGCAGCCCCAAGAGCUCUGAGGACGGUAGCGUGGUCAGCUGCACAGGCUCCAUCCAUUACAAGGCCCUGACAGACCAGGAGCCGGGCCAGGGCAUCGUAAGGGUGGAGGCCCACCCGGAAAACAAGCCUGUGAUCAAGCCUCCGGACGGCAGUGGCUCCUGGAGGUGGAAGCCGCAGGAGCAACGGGGUAGCAUCCGCCAGUCCUUUGAGCUCAACGACCUCAACCGCGACUCGGAGAGCUGCGACUCGCUCAAGGACGGCUACGGCUCCAUCGACGGGAGGAUGAGUCAGACGGGUACGGACACUGGCAGCGAGCGGGGAGGGGGUCACCCCUACGUGCACCACCCACACUACCACCACCACCACCACCACCCCCACCAGGGCAUCACCACCAUCCGUGUGACCCCUGUGGAGGGACUAAGUGGAGUGGGCAGCGAGGCCGCCUCCGAGACCCUUUCCAUCGCCUCCAGUCGGGAGUCCACCCUGCGGAGGAAGGGCAAAAUCAUCCUGCUCCCGGAUAGAGGUCCAAGUCCGGACAACUCCAGGAACUAUUUCAAAGGUGCCUCCCAAACACCGCCCCCCACCCUGGGUCUGGCGUAUAGGGAGUGAACAGCUGCACAGUCAGCACUUAUUCUUACCAUUCCCCCUUACUGCCCAUGUGGUGGUCCUAUCUGUCCCCCCCCCAUGAGUGGCCUUCUACACUGGAUCUAGUCUGGACCUCACAACAAGACCAAUGAGAACAUUCAGCUCAUAAACGGCUGUAUAUUAUCAAACCCGUCAUGGAUUCAGUGGAGUUAGCUGGGCUGGAUAAAUUGUCCUAUGGUCAUAUAGUUCAUUAGAGCUAUCUUAGUGUGUCUGGUCCAGGAAGGCCACUGUACAGUACAUAGGGGUUUCUCCAUUACUCAAUAAUCUGAUCCUUCUUCAUUUUUCGCAGUUGUUUUACUGUUAGACCUGGUUUGAUAGGACCGGGGCUACCUUUAUUGCUGUGUGUUCUUUGAGAAAAUGAAACUAUAGCACGCACAAUAAUCCUUUAAGAAUGCAGGAGACGCUGGAUAAUCGCCACAAGGUCAUUUUGCGCACACUUUUCAACCCUCCUUUCAUUACAUUAACUUUGAUCCAUUUGAGAAGCACAACUUCUAACUCUUUUUAUAUAGUGGCUAAAGUGGUUUGAACUAGGAAUUUGAUACUAUUUUGUUAUCACCCGGCAAGAGCCUUCGAUGGCAAUAAACCGUGCAAGUUGUUUAUUAAGGGUGCGUUCGUAAAUUCUCUCCGGAGUGCCAGAGGGUGCUCUGAGUGCGUUCGUAAAUUCAGAGCGUUGUCAGAUUGUCUGUUUGUACAUUCAGAGCGUUUCACUCUCGGAGCGUUCAGAGCGCACACUGAACGCUCUGGCCGAGGAGUAGAGUUGGCAGUCAACGGCAGUCAAUCACCCAAGCUAACUGGCUAAAGUUAGCUAGCUUGCUAGCUACUUCCAGACAUAAAUGAGAGAACAGCUCACUCUGACCAUUUUACUCACCCUAGCAGAGCUGGUUAGGCUGUUUAUGUUAUCCAGAGCGUUGAUGACUGUAACUGUGCUGCUGGCAACAAUUUAGUAACGCUUUUUUUUGCCUAUGUUUACUGAUACUGGCCAUAUUCAACAGCUGUUGAGCGUUCAUAAAUUCAUCAGUUAUUCUGCUCUCUGGCACACUCUGACGAGAGUGCUCUGAAAUCUGAGUAGAUAGCCAGAGUGAAUUUUAUGAACGCACCCAAAGUUGAUAGACAUGAUGUUUUGUAGGCUUUUUCCAUUGACGAUCUGUUCUCUUUCUCAGCAUAUUAAUAUCUCUGUGUAAUGUGACUGUCAUAGUGUGUUGCACUGCAUAGCAACUGCAUAGUAAAUGCAUAGCAACUCUAGAGGUGCUUUUCAUAAUACAACUUUCAUACAUAUAGUGCUCUGACAAUUGUGAAAAUAAAUGUUUCUAUUUUUUUGCUAUGUACUGUACAUAUUUAUAGUACUCUGAUUGUGCUGACAACAAUAUUCACAUGUCCUCAUUUGCUUUUUGCUAAUUAUUGAUAGUCUAUUUUACCAGAGAUGUGUUUAUUGUUGUUUUUGGAACUUUAGCAGGAUAUGCAUUGAUUUGGCAGGUGAUUUAUAAAAGAGCGAUGUUUUGAGAAAUCACCAAAUGUUAUCACUGGGGUUAGAAAUCCCAGUAACUCUCCCAAAAUCCCCAGGUUUUUCAGAAGUCGUGAGUGGAUAUCCUUCUGACGCUGGGAUUCUUACAACCAGGAUUUCUGGAAAACAGUAUAUCAUGCUUUCUUUUUUUUUGCUCACAGUGGUAUACAGUGGCAAAUACUGUAUAUUAAUAGAUGAACAGGGGCAGUGCAUACAGUGUGUAAGAUAAUUGAUUAGUAGGGGCAGUGGGUUAACUAUGUAAGAUAAUUUAUUAGUAGGGGCAGUGGGUUAACUAUGUAAGAUAAUUGCUUACUAGGAGCCUUAAUUUAAAAAAACAUUUCUUAAAGAUGGGAAAUUCAAGAAGGACUUUGAGUCUUUGUGUCCUUUGUUGCCUUUAAAAUAAGUAUACUAAUAAGUAUUCGCUGUUUUGAUAAAUAUUUUGAUAAAGUACCCUUUUUCCUAUCAGCUCAUAUAGCCAACUAAAAUCUAUAACUGCUGUACAUGUUGUGAAUGCUACUCACUUUGCACUCAACUCAUUUUCAAGUAAAUGGAUCUAUUGAUGAGUGCCAUAAAAAGGAAACCACUCUCGGGAGAGGCUUCACUUCCCAACCCAUUGCUAUGCGCACACCAAUUGGUCUAAUUAUCCGGUUGAUUUUCCAGAUUGGACAAUGUGACAGCCAAGCCUGUACUGUGGACUUUGGUUGUACUGUUAGAUUAAAUUAAAUCAUACAUUCGUCUCCCUUGGGCUAUAAUGUACAGUGUACGAGUCACGACUGAAUCCCUGUUUAUAGCUGGUUCUAACAUGCGUCCUUUCUUGAUCUUGUUCACAUUCUGACUGUGCAUUGUGAUUGGAUAGUGAUCAGAUCUUUCAGCCCACAUCCGGAGGUAGUCAGGUACACAUAGGUGGUCAGGCACACAAGUAUAGACAGAUGUGGACAGUUCAACCAUUUUAAAUCAUCGUUAUCUCGCCCUUUAAAAUCAUUGACAGAUGUCAAUAUGUGUCUUAAAAUAAAUAAAUAUUUUUUUGAAAGAAUAGCAGUCAAAUAAUUUACAUACAGGGAGGAACCAGGAAAUCUGGUACCAAUGCAGACACAGUGGACGGAUUAGGCUUUUCACAUCGGAUAUUUUUCAGAGGUGAUCUGAUUUGUCAAAAGACCAAUUUGUGAAACAAAGAUCAGAACUGGGCUACCUGUGUAAAUGCAGCCUUUGAGACAUUUUAAUACCACAUUAGAUGCAUUUCUGAAAAUGUGGGCACAAUCAGAGUGUGGGCAAGACCAGCACUAAGAACGCAUGUUAGCGCCAGGUAUAAACAAGUCUUGAGAGACGAGGUUGUAUAAUGCCAAUACCAUCCCUCUCCCUCCCACAAGAGGAAUAGUAAACAAGUGAGUCAUAAUCGGUCGAAAGCAAGUUUAUUAUAGUAAACUAAAACUGAAACCAAAACUAAUCAUGAAAAAACAAUUUAGUAAAACAAAAUUAACAAACCUGUUUUGAAAAACUAAAACUAUACUGAAACUAUUAUCUUUGACUCCAAAACUAACUAAAAUAAAGCAUCAUGAAUUGUGUCCAGUUUUAUAUUUUUUAUUUUUUUACAAACAAAUUGGGUGGUAAAUGCGUCCAGGAGAUGGCGACGUUUCAAAUAGGCCUAGCUUGUGAAUCGCUACAGAGAGGAAGAGGCGAAGCGAGAGACUUGAAUCUACCCCAAAAUCUGUCCAUGUGGAAAAAAACAGACAGAAGCAGAGGAAGUGGGGAUUUAUUUGUAUGCAGCUGUCAAAUUUGGUCAAAACACAUUUGAAUUGCUAAUUUGCUGUGUGAGGCUUAUUUGAUCGAAUAGCCGUAAUGUUUAUAUUGUUAAGUGGACUCACGUGGAAUUCCGACAACUUUGAGAAAAACAAUUUUGCAGUGAUGAAAAAAGUACCCAGUAGUCAUACUUGAGUAAAAGUAAAGAUACCUUGAUAAAAAAUGACUCAAAUGACUCAGUGAAAUGGUGGUGGAUCUUUGAUGUUAUGGGGCUAUUUUGCUUUCACUGGUCCUGCGACCCUUGUUAAGGUCAACGGCUUCAUGGCAUCAUUUAGCCAAAAGCCUGGUUGUCUCUGCCAGGAUGCUGAAACUUGGCCACAAGUGGAUCUUCCAGCAAGACAAUUACCCCAAGCACACAUCAAAAUCCAGAAAGAUGCAGUCCAUAAGCACAGACAAAAAAUAUCAAGGAUCUGGAAGGAUUCUGUAUGGAGGAAUGGUCUGAGGUCCCUCCCGAUGUGUUCUCCAACUCAUAAAAUAUUUGAGAAAAAGGAUCAGUGUCAUAAUCUUCGAACACUAUCACUAGCUAAAAAUAGUCUAGGUAUUCUUACAUGUACAGUACUACUAAAUGUAAAAAGCACUGGUGUAAACAUACUCUAGAGAAAGUUUCCUAUCACCGUAUGUUUUGCUAUUCCAGAUCUUUCGCUAUUCCUUUUUUUACAUUGAGAUUGAUUUAAUAAUUUCUAAUAAUUUUAUUGAAUAAUUUAAAACUAACCUAUGACCUUAAAAGUCACCUUAUGUAUAACUGCCUCCCAGUUGCAAGAAGACGACAUCCCAAAAAAACACCCCCAAAAAACUAUGCAACACAAAUGGCUCCUAGCCUCCCAUGCAUGCUGUCUGUCCCUAACACUAAAACUGAAACUAAGGGCUCUAUUAAAUCCAUAGCGCUGAAGAUCCGCUAUAUAGCGUGAUUGACAAUUUAAGGCAACGUUCCCCGCGGGCGCGGCGACUGCAUUCACUGUAAACGUUGCAUAUGUCGGCUCAAUCGGAAAUGACCUUUACAUUUUAACGUGGAUCUUCGGCGACACUCUGGCGAUACGGAUUGAAUCCAGCACUAAAUAAUAUCAAAACAAAAUAUAAAUAUUUUUAUACAACUCAAAACUAAAUCAAAACUAACAAAUCAGGUCGGAAAACGAACUGAAACUAAGCUGAAUUUCAAAUAAAAAUGUCAAAACUAAUAGAAAUAAAAGUGAAUAUAAACACACAACUAUUACAACCUUGAUCUAAAGUACAGAAGUGAAAAAAUAACAUUACUUUCACUACCACUGGUUAGUGGCACUGUAACUAUCACACCUGAUCUAUAUGUGUGUGACAUGCUGCCACUGAACAAGACUAUUGUUCAAGGACAAAUAAUCAAUGAUUUAUAUCCAGUUUGUUGUGUACAAAGGUAGAACCAUUCAGCAAUCUAUAAAUGUAAGUAGGGUGUGUAUAGUACGUAUAUUAUAGUAGGCUGAUACCUUUACAAAACUGUGCCAAGAGCUUACUGCACAUAUACAGCAGGGGUCUCAAAGCCAUUUCGCCGGGGACCACGUUCUCUUUCAACGAGGUUAAAUCAAGGUCAGACCGCAUUAAAUACGUGUGUGGCCCGUGGGCCGCCAGUUUGAGACCCCUGACAUGAGUGUUAUGCGUAAAGAACACUAUCUACUUAUGAAGUAACAUGAGAUAUCUACCACAGUAUCAUUUUUUUAAUUUUUUUUUUUACAGUGGUCAUGAUAUGUCAGUCGCAUUUGGAUUGCCAAGAUAAGGAAUGUAAUUCAGUUUGUUUGUGUCUGUACACAAUAUGAACGUAAGAUGUAUUAAAUGAAGAUGUUGUUAAAAAUGUCCAUCGAUAAUCACGUUUUUUUUGUGUGUGUGUGUGUGUGUUUUUCUUUUCAGUGACACUGAAUUGAUAUUAUAUAAAUAUUCUACAUAUUUUUUAUGUCUCAAAGGGUAUAUUGGAAGCGACAGCUUAAGGGGAAAAUGUUUCAUAUUUGCCUGUGUACUUUCAUGAUGGCUUUAAACUGUGGUCAUAUCUGCAUGGUCAUUUUGAUAUGUACUGUAUCUAAAGGCUUAUUUUUUUGUAUAUGACACCUUUUGAAAGUUCUGGCUGGUACCUUGAUUUAUACCUACUCAAUUGAUCAAUCAAUCAACCAAUUGAUUAACUCUGAAUUAUUUCUAUCACUGUAAAUACAAUAUUUGUAACUUUGCCAUGCAGACAAUGUUGUUAGGAAAGCAUAUCUACAGAAAUAAAAUCAUGUUUGGCAGAAGAUGUUUUGAUGUUCAAUAGACUGAGGAUGCAUUUGUACAGAGUUGAGAUUAUAGAAAUGGAAUCUAUAAUAAUCUAGUCAUUCUAUUUCUAUGGUCGAACUGACAGUUGGCUUUAUUAUACAUCUGCAACGUUGGCCUGUGCACAUUCAGAACAGAUGUGGUGAUUGGCAGAUAGCUUUGUGGCUAGCGAAACAGAAGCCUCAGUCAGAAGUCGCUCUUAUUUAGAGGGUCGAAUUCCUAUCAUUGUGUAUAAUGAUACCACCAGACAUACUCUGUAUUCCACAUUCUAAAUACACUCUGUAUUUCACUAUUCUAUGGAGUUGACUAUGUCUAAAUAUUGAAAUAAAUGUUUGAUUAUCAAACUA